GUAAUGUGUCAAAUUGCAAUUUUCAAGUCUUAUCUACUCAUCCAACUACAAGUCAAUGGCAACGUUUUCUUCCACAGUCAAAUCUUCUAAGCACUAUAAAUACAACCAUCACCUCCAAAUACAAAUAAAUAACACUCUUCUAUCUCUCCAACUACAAUCAUCAAGAUCUUAUUUACCAUUUUGACUAUAUAUAUGGCUUUAAAGAACAUGACAACAAUCAUGGCUCUCUACCUCACCUUCAACCUCGUUUUCUUGGGCUUUAUCACAGCCCAAACUCCACCUCCUCCUGCAAACCAACCUCAGUGUCCUGUUGACUUGGUCGAUCUCAAGGUUUGCGUCAACGUAUUUACUAAUGUCAUCAACCUACAAGAUCCGGCUAAUAUCCUCAACCCACAAAAUCAGGCUCAAUGUUGCAGUCUCUUAAUUGGGCUUGGUGGUCCUGUUGCGGCUUUAUGUUCCUGCGAACUCGCUAGAACCAGAGUUCCCGGCGUAGCAAAUACAAGCAUCGCCACUGCGCAAGCUAACCAGUUCCUCAAGCUGUGCCCAGGUGUGACGUCACCACCCAAUUUCAGAUGCAACUAAUAAGUUUCAACAUGCAAAAUUAUAUAUUACAAUCACUAUAAAAUAAGCAGACACGUUCUAUAAUAUCGGUUCAUGGUUCAACUGUAUGUGUAUUUAUUUUCUUCAAGCAGUUAUAUAUAUCUUACGUCUGAAAACAAAUGAAACGUCUUGGAUUGUGUUUCACUUGUUCGGCUGUUGCAUCACAAAAGUUUUUGCAACUAAAUAUAUUAGAGUUUUUGGGCUGUAUGACAUUUUCUGAGUUAUAACUCAGUCCAUGACACUUAAUUUAAAGGCAACAAAGAACUAAGAGCAAGUCCAUUAGUAGGAACCUCUAAUGGGUUCUUAUGAUUAAAUUAGUAGUUAAUUAGGUGAUUUGAGAAGUUAAGAACCUAUGUUAGUGUAAUUAUUUUUUUCCUCCUCCAAUGGAAGAACUUCAUAGGGGUUCUUGAAGUUUUUGUUUUUUUUAAUUUGAAGCCCAUACAACCAGGUAUCUGAAUCAAAGCGAUCUUGACCCACACAUACGAAUCCCUCAUCUCCAGUGAAGCAUAUAACCUGAAAAAAUCAGAAUUAAUUAGUCUUUACAUGACACAAACAAGACACUGAAAUAAAGAACAAAUAAAACUUGAAGAAGCAUAACCCACUUUCUUCAGAUGUGAG